UUUUGAAAACCGUUAUAUUCUAAACACAGCAAAAAAACUAGAACCCAAACAAGAACUCUGUAUCUUUUUUCUUCGAAGUGUUUGACAGUUGAUCGUUAAAUUUUGAACGGUUUGAAACAUCGGUUACAAAUAACACCAAGAUUAGUGAAGUUAUUUCUUAUCUAGCAUCUUGAAAGUUUCAACGGUUGAUAUAAAAACAGACCAAGAAGUUCUAAUGUUGUGAUAAAAAAAAUGUCCACAAGAUCUGGAAAAAGAAUCCACGGCUCCAUAAAUGAGAGCGCCGUGGAUGAUUUCACAGAGAUGAAGACCGAGAGAAAAACCCGCGGCAAGCGUCAUAAGGAAAAUAUCAUUGAGGCUGCAACAGAGAAAAAACGGAGACAUUAUGUGCGUUACCCUUCGGAAGAGGACAUAGCGGCCGCGACCAAUGUGGAAAAAUUACUAAGAAGUACGCGAAAAUCGCAGAAGAACGCGCUUACAGAGAAAAACACAGCCACAGACUCCGAGACUUCAAAUGACGAUAGAAAUACACGGCGUACUCGGAGGACGAGAAAAACCGACGCAGUUGAUUGUACCGAGAAUAUUGAGCCGAGUAACGAGCCUAAAACGAAGGCCAAAAAAAACAAUCGCAAAACAAACACUGCAAUAACUGAUGAAACCCCAAGUUCACUUGUAGCACCAACAGUCAAGAAAAAAUCCAAUAAGAAGAAGAACAAGAGAAAAUCAGGAUCUCUUAUAGUUGAAGAUAUCCCUCUAACAAAUGAUGUCAAAAGCAAUACAAGUAAUAUGUCUAUAGAUUCAUUUCACAGUGCUGCUGAGAGCCCAGUCAAAGAUUUUGAUGAAACUGAAGACCAAAAAGUGCAUCAUUUGCCAUCAAAAUAUACAAGAAAUGUUAAAAAAACUUUUGAAAGUCUUAAGGAAAUGCAGGCUUUAAAAGCUAAUAAAAGUAAUGCUGGAGGAGUAGAAGAAUGUGACCAGAUCCAAGAUAUACCUUCAAAUGCCACAAGAAGUAAAUUACAUGUUGGGAAAAAUAUAAGUUUAGAGAUCACAACUAACAUUAAAGAUACUAAACAAAAUACAAAGCUGACGAAUGAAAAGAUAUAUAAUAACAGCAUGACAGAUACUAAUGAUGAAAAUAUUAAUAAUUCAUCAAAGGUUGGUGUACAUGAACAUAGUUUUCAAAUAACUGAAAUCAAUAAUGUAACACGGGACAAACAGCAUAUUGACAAAUUAAAUAACUCAGAAAACUUAAACAUCUCUUUAAAAAAAACUAAAAAGCAGAGAAGAUCAAAUAAUAAUUCCACAGAUGAUAGAAUUGAGAAUAAAUCAAUAUUGGAAGGAGAUACUGUUAAAGGUAUGAAGUCACCUGAUCAAAUACUCAAUACUACAAAUAAAAAUAGUGCAAAGAAAAACUCGACAUAUGAUAAAAUAAAUAUAUCUAUGACAAGUUUAAACGCUACUUAUGAAAAGGAUAUUCAAAACAAAUCUUUAAAUAAAUCUGAUCUUUUGCACAAUCUUUCAACUGAAAUAACUUGUGUUAAAAACAGUAGUAAAUUGAAAAGAAACUCUAUUUGUGAUAAAAUAAAUGCUGACACAGCAACUCAUUUAAAUGCUACUUUUGAUAAAGACAUUCCAAAUAACUCAAAAAAUGUAUCUGAUCUUUCACAAGAUUUGUUAACCAAUGAAAAUAGUUUAAAAGACAAUAACAAAAAGAAAAGAAAAUCUAGUUUUAGGAAAUCACUAUCUGAUACGAUUGCAAAUAAUUCUAUCAUUAACUUAGAUGCUACAUAUGAAAAGGAUAAUUCUAGUCUAACAGAGCAAAAAAUAGAAAAUAUGCAUGAGAAAGAAAUAAUACGACCUGAUUUUCUAUCAGGUCGUUUUUCAAAGUUUUCGCUUGACCAAGAUGUAUCUACUAAUUUUAAUACAACAUAUGACAGAAAUUCUAUAACCGAAAGUAAUCAAAAUUCUCGUAAUAACUCUACAUAUGACAAAUCAGCAAAAUUCAACACAACAUUCGAAAUGGUUAAGAAAACAAAACUUGAUACAAGUAAUGUUAAAUCACAACACAAUGACUCAAGACGCGGGUCGUCCCUCAUAAGUUCUGACACAACAGAUAAUGUUAUAUCAGAAGAUAUUUCUCGCAUCAGUGUCACAAGCGAUGAGUCUAUGGCUGAGAACAUUGUUAAUUGUACUCCAGUUUUAAUUGAAAGCAGUAUGGAUGAAUCACACAUUAAUGUUAGCUCAAAUGAGGCUACUAAAGACAUGAAAGUUGAUUCAGAAUUAAAACAUGCCACGCCUUCACCAAAACAUCUUAAGGAUAGUGUGACACUUGAAGAAAUAAAUACUUUGAAAACUCCCCAAACACCUGAAGAUAUAGUUAAAGAAAUCAAAACAUCUAAGACACCUUUGAAACGUGAAGGAACUUAUACAGAAAUUAAGUAUGCUACACCGCCAAAAUGCGAAGGGACAUUUUCAGAAACUAAGCCUAAAGCUCCGAAAACACCUUUAAAACGCGAAGGGACUUAUACAGAACUUAACCCUACAACCACACCACCUAAAAAUGAUCUGACACCUACAAAAUGUGAAACUAUAACACCCCUAAAAACCAAUGGUAUCGUUGGACUACCACCUUUAACAAGAGAGGGUACUUUUACGAAAGAAGAUUCAGAUGUACCAGAAUCUCCAAUGUUGAACGUAAAUAAAACACCAAAUAGACGCAAAUCUUUACCAUCACCAGGUUGUACACCGUUCCCAAUGUCUAGAAGCUCUUCAAAAGAAGUUACCAAAGAGAAAAGUAUGUUAAAUGUGACCAGAUCGAUAGAAAAGCCAAAUAGACGGCUUUCGAGUGUAGAAUUGCAUCAGAAGGCAACCAGAGUAAUGUUUUGCAGUCCCGUAGAUACACCUGCAGUUGGGGGACAGAAGAGAGGAAACAUUAUAAAAUCUAACUUGAAGGGAUCUGAUAAAAGCUUUUUAUUUGAUGAGAGCAUGUCGGAUUACGUGCGUCCAGCGCGCAAGCGCUCGUACACGCAAAGCGAGGCAGAGUCCAUCAGCGGCAAACGGAAACGACUCACAGAGGACCAGCAGCAAUCAGUGGAGAGACUCUCGCGACCCCGCACGUCCAGUGCCUCAGGAAAACUGCAAGAACCUAGUACGCCGUCCAAGAAAGCAUCAUCAACAUCUACCAAAUCCAAAACAGAAGUUACCCCCUCGAAGACAAGAUCCGAGGGCAAAGUGCUCAGGACAAAGCUCCCGAACUUUGCAGCUUUGCACCAGAAGCGGUUCGCAAAGAUGGAGUCCCUCAACGAGUGCCAGGAAAGGAAGGCCAAGAGGGCUAAGCAGUUGCUGACACCUACUGGCUCAGUUAAUAUUCUGGAGAAAAUCAGCCCUAAAGAGACGCAAGUUCUAUCCCCUCCUGAACAAAGUCAAACCAAGAAGACCGACACACCUAAGAAGUCCAUAAUACCUUCAGACAAUCACAAGAACUACACAAGAUUCGGUUUCAAACUAAACCUAGACGUGAACCCCUUCAGUUUUCCCGCCACAACGGAAAUCAAACCAAAGAAGGAAAAUAAAGAAAUUAAAGUUAGACCCUUAAAACGACAGGCAACACUGCCAUCGCUCGCGGGGGCGACCGCUAUACGUAAAGAAGCCGCUAAACAAGUUGUAUUGAGAGAAAAGUCUUUCACUGAGAAAAGAGAUAUUAAAAGAAAAGAAAACAGAACCGUCAUAAAAGGUGUACGGACAAACAGACGGUUCGAGUUGCAAAUGCAAUUGAGGAAUGUGAAAUGAUGUCUUGUUAUUGAGUUUUCAUUUUCUUUUUAUAAAGUGUUGUAUUAUUUCAAAUUCAAAACUAUGCGUCUUUAAAACCUUUCUUAACAUAUGGGCGAUACACAAACGGGUGAACAAUAGGUUCACAAUAAUAAUUUUAAAAUCAGGCUGGUAGUUCCUGAGAUUGUUGUGUUCAUAUAUACAAAUUGAUUUAAAUGAAGAUUGUUGUGCACUAGAUUUCGAAUUUCAAGCUUUACUUUCAUACAAUUGCUUUAUCACCUAUGCAACCAAUUAUUCUUGUAUGAAACAGCACUCACGUUAUCUAGAAAAUAUUUAUAACUAACUAAAUUCGCCCACACAUCACUGCUUAAUCUGUAUUUAUCACUUCCCGUUCUGGUAGGAAUUAAGAGACAAAAAAAUAAAUACUUUUACUGGUAAGUAUAGAAAUACAAUUUUUUGUCAAAAUUUCAAGUCAAUCCAUCCACUAAUUCUUGAGUUUUAAUAACAAAAACACACGAAUAAUUCCAAGACUUACUAUUGAUGGUUAUUUAAAGCUCUAAACGACAAUAUGUUAUGGGUCAUUGUUGAUUACCAUGAUGCCUAAUAUCAGAAUCUUGUUUUUAUAAUUUUUAUUCAUUCUAUCUAACCGAAAUUUAAUAAAAUAAUAAACACUACAUUAGGAGCUCUAUGAGAGUUAUUCUUUGUCUUUAUAAUGAAAAACUAGAGUUAGUAGAUUUCGUAUUCCUCUACAGUACAGUAGAAGAAACUGCGAAUCGAAUUAAGAAACUUUUAACUUUACUCUUUCUUUCACUUUUUGUGAGUCCGAAAAUUAGGAACAAUGUUUUCAAGUACUGAUGAUGCUGAUGAAUUCAUCCUGAUUUCUUCAUCAAAUUCGAAUUCUUUAUGAAAAAUACGUCAAUUCGAACAUAGGGUGCAACCAGUCUUUGUCAGUCUAUGUUUUUUUUUAUUUACCCUCUAGUUAUGGGUUUUGAGCCUCUAUUAAAUGUGCAAAUAUAGCAAAAUAAACC